UGUACAAUAUGAACAUUUUACAAUACGAACAUUUUUACAGCUAUCAUCUAAUCCCACUGUGUGUUACUGCAACUUCUUCCAACCAUGACUCCUCACAGCAGAAUAUGUUAGACAACAAACAUAUUAGGCUCCAAUUUUUUUCAGCACAUUACCCACCUGUUCCCUACCCUCAAUACCACAGAUAAUGUCCCCCUUGGUGCCCUGCAUAGUAUGAGGGAGUAGGUAAGUGUGUUUUGGGGAAAGGGUAGGGAGAUUGGGUGGUGAUGAGUAGGUAAUUCCCCCCCUCUAUUAGGUUGGGAAUUUCCCCUUUAAGAUAGAAGCCCCCAGUCAGUCUGUAAUUCCUCCAUUUGGUGGGCAACAGCUGGAGGCACAAAAUGGGUCGGGUCACCGGCGGAUCCACAGUGUAUUUCACAGUUACGUGUGAGCCUACCCUAACAGUGAUCUUCUCAGUGCUGCCUCCCACAUAGGGAGCUACAACAUGCAAUCUUCUGAUUGGAUAUACUGAUCAAUGCUAUGCCAUGGAGCAGUAGAUCGCCGAUCGGACGACAGAGAGGCAGCUUGAGCAAAUCUAAAGAAAAGAAAAGGCCUGUCUGUGUAAAAAAGAAAGCAAUGUCAAUUUCAGGGCUUAACCAAGUAACUGACGGACUGUUCUUGAGCAAUGCAGCAGCGGCAAGAAAGGCAACCUUACUUACUAGCCACCAUAUUACAUGUGUCAUUAAUGUGUCACAAGAUUACAGAAUGCAUGUCAUCCCUGACUUGGAGUAUCUACAUUUCCCUCUAGCCGACCUACCCGAAACCCGUUUGUAUGAUCUCUUUGAAUAUAUCUCACAUAAGAUUCAUGAAGUAAAAGCUGCUGGUGGACAGACACUUCUUCAUUGUGCUGCAGGUAUCAGCAGAUCUGCUACACUCUGUCUUGCUUAUCUCAUGAAGUAUCAUGGACUAACCCUUCUGGCAGCACAUGCUCACUUAAAAGCCCGCAGGCCUAUCAUACACCCCAACAUUGGCUUCUGGAGACAACUGAUCGCCUAUGAACUACAUUUAUUUGGAAAAAAUACAGUACAAAUUAUUGACUCUCCUGUGGGACCUAUUCCAGACAUUUAUGAGACUGAAACGAAGAACAUGCUUCCAUUCUGAGGAGAAAUGUAGAUCCUAAAAAGAUUUGUGUCUGGUUUUUUUUAUGCUAAAUAAGCACAUUAUUAUCUUGGUCAUUAGUAGUAAAUUUAAAAAUUGAAGCAUUUGCACAAAAAAAAAAAAAAAACACUACCCUCUGUUUGACUAGCAUUCCGAAUGCAAAACUCAUGGCGUGUCCUUAGGAAAGGCCAUCAAUAUUAGAUUGGUGCCCUUCUGCUCCCCGAUAGGGUUGUGUCCUCCCUGAACUUACAGAUCAGAUCUGUAGAGGAGGCCAUGAUGCUUGUGUGAGAGCUGCAGCCUCCUCAUUGUUUACAUGUGUUUGUAUUAUUAUACGCUGCACGUUUUGUAGCACCUGUUCUAGUAGAAAUUAAGAGGCUGAAGCUCUCACCAGAGUGCCAUGACCCUUUCAAACUGCUGAUUGGUGGAGGUGCCAAGAGACAGCCCCUUGCUGAUCUAAUAUUGAUGGCCUAUAAUGAGGAUAGGUAAUCAAUUCUAACUCCUUCCCGACAUGACUAUAUGUACACCACAUGGGAAGGGAAGUAUGAAGCAGGAGCUGAGCCUGCUCCAUACAUUGUGGUUGCCACCUAGUACCUGGAUCUUACACCCAACAAUCAGCAUUAGAAAUCAGUCCAGCUCUAGUUAUCUUACUCGCUAGAUGCAUUGGUCAAUAGCGACUUAAUUAUGUAGGAAAUUAUUUCACAGGUGUCACACCUCUCUGGGGUACAGCUGACACCACCUUGGGUUACUAAUAGGAUUUCAUGGCAGCCAGGCCUUCAUGGCUGAAGGGCUCAAUAGUUGUUAUGUUCGAUCUGCUAGUACAGUCUGCCAUAGGAAAGGUUGUACUAGCAGAGCACUGAUAAAGCAGUACAGUAGUAUUGCAGUGCAUGGUGUAAGCUAUAAAAUAAUUGCUUGUAUAAAAGUCCUGUAAGUCAAAGUAUAUGUUUUAAAAAUAUAAAUAAAAUCCUUUUCCAAUUUUCUAAACAGCAAAAA